GAGAGAGAGAGAGAGAGAGAGAGAGAGAGAGAGGAAAGCCUUUAAGAAUAGAAAGAAAAAGAGAAACGCUGCAGAACCACACUGCGCUCCGCUCCGCCGUGCGCUCUGUACAGCAUGCGGCAGUGAACCGGGAGGACCGCGGGACUUUACACACACACACAAACACACACACACACACACACACACACACGUACAUACACACGCACACACACACGGCACUGAGAGGAGACUUUUGCUGCACAAAUCGCACUCACAGCAGCUUAGGCACUACUGCUUUCUCCGCCUGGCUGUUGGAAGUUGACCCACAGACAAGUCACCUGUCUUGCUGAGCUGCCUGGAAGCUGAAGUUGAACACAUACAACUUACACUCAAACACACAUACACUUACACGCUCACACAUUCGUGCCCAGAGCUGCUGUCAUGGCCCCAGAAUUCAGUGCGUCACUCUGGUGAGCGGUUGAGCGAACCAGGCAGAAGACAUGUUGGCACAGAGGGACGGGUACCGCACUGAAACUAGCUGUAGUAACCAUGGAAACGGUGUGGAGGAGCUUGGCCUGUGUUGGGGUCAUUGCCAUGGUAACCGCUGGUGUGGGAGCGAUCGUUUCUGCUCAGGAGGGUCAAGCUGCAUUCCUCUCCAGUCUGACUCAUUAUGAGAUUGCCAUCCCCAUCCGCGUUGGCCCUCGUGGCGAGUCAACUUACGAUGCUGAGGCCUCAAACAGGCACAGACGCCAUCGGCGGAGUCCCGAGAUGAAACAGAAGGUUCCUGAGCCACAGCUUUAUUACCAGCUGUCCACACCGAGCACAAGCCUCCUUCUGAACCUCACACUUCAGAGCGGCCUGCUGUCCCGAAAGUUCCGCGUCGAGUACUGGGGUAAAGGCAGGCUGGCUUGGAGUCACCAAUACUCAUCCGGCUGCCAGUACAUGGGGCACCUGCAGCACCAGCCCCAGUCCAGCACUGUGGCCCUCAGUAACUGCAAUGGCCUGCAGGGGGUGAUUGUAGCCGGAGGAGAGGAAUACCUCAUUGAACCUUUGGUUUCUGCUGAAAACCAGACGAAUGUGGACAGGAAAGAAGAACGCCCCCAUGUGGUGUACAAGAGAUCGUCUCUGCGACAUCUCUACAUGGACCAAUCCUGUGGAGUCAUCGACGAGAAACCAAUGAAAAGCUUCGAUUGGUGGCAGAGAACGAUUAAACCGCCCAACCAGAUGGGUCGUGGCCAGCUGCCGCUGAAGCGUUCGGUGAGCCGCGAGCGCUACGUAGAGACACUGGUGGUGGCUGAUAAGAUGAUGGUGUCGUACCACGGGAGACGUGACAUCGAGCAGUACAUACUGGCUGUCAUGAAUAUUGUUGCCAAACUGUUCCAGGAUUCUAGCCUGGGGAAUGCAGUGAACAUUGUAGUGACUCGACUGAUCCUGCUAAUGGAGGACCAGCCGACUCUGGAGAUCAACCAUCACGCUGGGAAGUCUUUAGACAGCUUCUGUAAGUGGCAGAAAUCCAUCCAGCAGAGCAACGGCCACGGAAACUCCAUCCCCGAGAACGGCAUCGCACCCCACGACACGGCCGUCCUCAUCACGAGGUACGACAUCUGCAUCUACAAGAACAAGCCGUGCGGGACGCUGGGCCUGGCCCCAGUUGGUGGAAUGUGUGAGCCCGAGAGAAGCUGCAGUAUAAAUGAAGACAUCGGUCUGGCCACAGCGUUCACCAUCGCUCAUGAGAUUGGACACACGUUUGGGAUGAAUCACGAUGGUGUCGGGAACCCGUGCGGAGCUCGCAGUCAGGACACGGCUAAGCUCAUGGCCGCCCACAUCACCAUGAAGACUAACCCCUUCGUCUGGUCAGCGUGUAGCCGCGAUUACAUCACCAACUUCCUCAACUCUGGAAUGGGUUCGUGUGUGAACAACGUUCCCCCGAAGCAGGAGUUCGUGUACCCGACCACGGCGCCCGGUCAGGCCUACGAUGCAGACGAGCAGUGUCGUUUCCAGUACGGAAUAAAAUCCCGGCAGUGUAAAUAUGGGGAGGUGUGCAGUGAACUGUGGUGUAUGAGUAAGAGUAACCGCUGCAUAACCAGCAGCAUCCCUGCGGCAGAAGGCACCAUCUGCCAGACCAGUACCAUAGACAAAGGGUGGUGCUACAAGCGGAUGUGCGUGCCGUACGGCACACGUCCGGAGGGCGUGGACGGCCAAUGGGGCGCGUGGUCUCCGUGGGAGGAGUGCAGUCGUACCUGUGGGGGCGGAGUCUCCUCCUCUGUUCGCCACUGCGACAGCCCCAGGCCGACCAUUGGAGGACGUUUCUGUCUGGGCGAAAGGAAAAGGUUCAAAUCCUGCAACAUCGAGGAGUGUCCUCCUGGGUCUCAGGAUUUCCGAGAGAUUCAGUGUUCGGAUUUUGACAGCGUUCCUUUCCGGGGGAAAUUCUACACCUGGAAGCCGUACAGAGGCGGUGGAGUAAAAUCAUGUUCUCUGAACUGCCUGGCUGAAGGUUAUAACUUCUACACUGAGCGUGCUCCGGCGGUGGUGGAUGGGACACCGUGCAGAGACGACUCUCUGGACGUGUGUGUUAAUGGCGAGUGUAAGCAUGUGGGCUGCGAUAAGAUCCUCGGCUCGGAUGCCCGCGAGGAUCGCUGUCGCUUGUGUGGGGGCGACGGGAGCAGCUGCGAGGCCAUCGAGGGCGUCUUCAACGACUCUCUCCCUGAAGGAGGUUAUGAAGAGGUGAUCAGGAUUCCUAAAGGAUCUGUGUUCAUACAUUUACAGGAACUCAACAUUUCUCUUAAUUAUCUAGUUCUAAAAAGCAAAAGCGACCAGUACUUUAUCAACGGCAAGCUGACCAUCGACACGCCUCGCCGGUUCGACAUCGCCGGCACAACUUUCCACUACCGCAGACCCGCUGAUCAGCCCGAGACCCUCGAAGCUCUGGGGCCCACCAACAUGACCCUCAUCGUCAUGGUCUUGGUGAGGGAAGAGAACCAAGGCAUCCAUUACCGCUUUAACCCACCUUUAAACAGAGACACUCAGAGCGUCUUCAGCUGGCACUCGACGUUUUGGAGCCGCUGCUCAGUCUCAUGUGCUGGAGGGUUUCAGAUCCAGCAGGUGGUGUGUAAGAAACAAUCCGACCACUCUGUGGUUUUCAAUCACUUCUGUGAGAAGAAGAGCAGGCCUAAAGAGAAGAAACGUCCGUGCAACACAGCACCGUGUCCUCCAACCUGGUGGGUGAGCGAGUGGUCCGAGUGCAGCAGGAGUUGUAAUGGAGGUGUGCGGACUCGGGAGGUUCUGUGUAAGAGAAAGAUCAGCUCCACAGAGGAGAAGGUUCAGGACGAUUCAUCCUGCGUCCAGCCGCGGCCUCCGGUCACUGAACCCUGUAACAAUCACACCUGUCCCCCUGAGUGGCACGCCCUUGACUGGUCUGAGUGCACUCCCAGCUGUGGACCAGGUUACAGACAGAGGGUGAUUCUGUGCAGAAGCGGAGAGAGCGGAGAAACUCUGGCCGAGUCUGAUUGUCCUAAACACGGCCGCCCCACCACCAGGAUGCGCUGUAACCUGCAGCGAUGUCCUGCUCCUCAGUGGCUCACCGGACCUUGGAGCGAGUGUUCUGCUAAGUGUGGCAUGGGGCAUCAGAUGCGUUCAGUGCAGUGCGUGUCACACACCGGCCUGCCGUCCAGUGAGUGUCCAGAUCUGCAUCGACCCGUCUUCAUGCAGCAGUGCAGGAGCAAGUGUGACCUCAGCAUCCCCACAGACAACCUUGAGGAGUGUAAAGAUGUGAACACAGUGGCAUACUGCCCCCUGGUGCUCAGGUUUAAGUUCUGCAGCCGCCCAUAUUUUCGACAGAUGUGCUGCAAGACCUGCCAAGGACACUGACCUCCUCUCUUCUCCUUUCUCCCUUUCUCUCUCUCUCUCUCUCUCUCUCUCUCUCUCUCUUUCUCUCUACUCCUCCACUUUCUUCUGUCCAUACUCUGAGUGCCCAUCCUACCCCAGAGAGAGAGAGAGAGAAAGAGAGAGAGAGAGAGAGAGAGAGAGAGAGAGAGCAGGGGGAAAGGAAGGAGGGAGAGAGACUGUGCUGCAAGACCUGCCAAGGACACUGACCUCUUCUCUUCUCCUUUCUCCCCUUCUCUCUCUCUCUCUCUCUCUCUCUCUCUCUCUCUCUCUUUCUCUCUACUCCUCCACUCUCUUCUGUCCAUACUCUGAGUGUCCGUCCUACCCCAGAGAAAGAGAGAGAGAGAGAGAGAGAGAGAGCAGGGGGAAAGGAAGGAAGGAGAGAGACUGUGCUGCUGUCUUCCACUCUCCCAAACCAGCUGCUCUGGUGCAGUUCCUGUGAAUGUCAGAUGGUCAGAGAGAGAUUUGUAUUCUAUUAGUUGUCCUGAACAUGGUGCUAGUUUUUAUUUCAUCCAUAUUUCAGAUGGUUCUCAGUUCUAGCUACAGCUGAGCACAGCACUGCACAGAUUACUGACUCCAACAGUGCACAUAAAUCGCAAAGCAUUCUUUAGAGCAGUAACAAAGAUAAAGAACUUCCUUCAUCUGGUUCCUGAAUUAGCCAAAGCCGUGUUAAAGAGACAGCAGCGCUUCAUCGAUUCGCCUCACCCUGAUAAAGCGCUUAUACAGUAGGAUCGUGAGGUUAUUUAGAUGAAAUGGUAUGAUUUGUUUAUUGAUUCAAAGUACUGGUGUUUACGCGAUUUGAAUACAGUCGGAUAUACAACGUUCAUGUAGAAAUAUUCCGAAUUAAAAUUCAGAUUUAAUUUAAAAUUCAGAUUCAAUAAAUCCUUGACUUCAGAAUUUGAGAUUCCCAAGUUGAAUCACAUAUGAAAUAUAAAUCGAAUUUAACUCAAUUCUUCAGUAAUAAACUCUGAUUUAAAAUAUCCUGAAUUUUUUUAUUCUUUUAUAGCUGCUUUUCUGAUCACGUUCGUUGUUAAAACACUAAAUAAUUAAAGUUGAAAAGGAGAAUUUUUAAUCCGCUCUUUUUGAGUAUGUGCGUUAUCCUCGUCUGGGUUUGCGGCGAAUCCGGAAAUUAUCCCGGGAACAAGUUUGGGAUUAGCAAACAUUUCCGUUCAGCAGAAAACAAACCCAGCUCUUGUUUUUGCUGGUGCUUAUUGAGCUCUAGGGCGAAACCAUGAACCAUAUUUCAAGCAUCAUUUGCAUUUAAUUAUCAUGUAAAAGAGGGAAGUUUCUAUUCAUCCAGACUUUCAGACUGAUGAGUAUACUGUAAUUACGUCUCAUCAGCAUAGAAUUGAAAACAAACUUGUUUUUGUCCAAGAGACUGGAUAUACUGUACAACUCAUUUCCAGUCUACUGAACCUGCAAAGUAAAACCUCGUGAGCUGUGCAGUGCUGAGCUAAAAUAAUACUAAUGACCACAUGACUCAUGUUUACAUCAUCUCCGUUUCUUUUUUUGACAUGCUUUUGUUUUGUUUGCAAUUGCGUUGUUCUUAUUUAGGAGUUUCUGCCGGCUGCGAUGAGAUCACAUCAAGACAACAAACACUUAAAGAUUCAUCUGUAUGUGUUCAUUCGUAUGUGUUCGAUCCACCAAAAAAAAAAAAAAAAACGCAGUUUUUGCGCCGUUGCUAUGAGGCUGAGUGUUGCUAGGAAAUUGAAAUCUGACCCAAAACGUUUCAAAAUUACGUAACAGUGCGUUUUAGGAUAUAACGACGUUGGUCUAUACACACAAAUCAAACUUAACACUCAAGCCAUUGGUGCUCCAUCUGGGAAAGUGGGUGGGGUUUAGUAUACAUAAAUACAUAUUUUAAUUAUUGAAAUAUAAUUUCCAGAUAUUUCUAUUAUUAGUAUUUAUGUUACAUUUUGUACCGAUUAUGUCUAACAAAAUAAAAAAAAAAAAAAUAGAUUACAUUUUUAAAAGAUUCGUCAUCCAGAUAAAAUUGGGCGUAGUUUGUUUAGUAUGUUUAUUCGUUUUUAGUCUGUACCAAAAAUAACAAACAAGCAAAAAAUCUUGGUUGAUCAACUACUUUUGGGAUGAAAAGAGAAAUUGUGGGGUUUGGUUUUUUUUUUUUCACUAUAAAUUUUUGUUUAAUUGGUUUAUUUUAUUUUAUUUUGAUUUUUUCUGUUUGUAUGUUUUUUUUUUUUUUUUUUAAAGUUGGUCUGAUCAACCAUUCAGUAUCAAAUGUUCAGUGUAAUAAGCUUCACAAAAGCGUGUGGUUAUGGUCUGUAAAGUACUUUUAUAUAGAGUAUACUUUAUAGUGUAUAACCUCUGUGACUGUACUUUAGUUGCCCUGAUCUUGCCAUUUGUUCUGGGAGGAUUUACAGGAUCGUUAAUCUGACAACGAUCUCAACACGUCUGUUGUUAUCGAUACACAAAUAUAGCUAGAAACCAUAGCUGUUACAUAACUGUUACUAGAAGCCAUGACAAUUUCAGCUGUAUUUUCACACGCCAAGCGUUUAAAAAAAGGGUAGUGUUCAUAGGACUACACAACCACUGCAUAAGCCCUUUAUGACACUAUGCCCUCUACAUAAACAUUUAAAAAGCCUUAUUGUAACAUUAGGAUCUCAUAAAGACAUUUAAGUCAAUUUCAGGUUUUAUUAAAGUUUGUGUUAUGUCGCUUUCCAGUCUGACUUACUUUAAGAUGUUAUGACAGCAUUAUAACUCUUCUUAUAGCACUUUUGGUAUGUCUGAGCUACAUAACGGUGAUGAUGUAAAACAAACAUGAAAAUCUAAUAGGCUCAGUGAAAAUUAGCCAAAAAUUUGAUGCUGGGGUUGUAACAUUGUCACGAGUGUUCAUAAGAAACAUAUAAAUAAUGGACUGAAACACAUACAGGUACAACAAAGUCACUGUCAUGACAUUGUUAUAAACCUUCAUGGAACUUGAAAUAUAGGAAUUUUAAACCGAGUUAAUGGCCUGGGAGAACGUUCAUCAUCUGUCAUUAGGGUGUCAUAACAUUGUUAGAAGUGUUCAUAGAACUAUGAAUAGAAAAAUGAAAACCUAUUAAAGGCCCGGGUGACUUUACAUUAUCUGUAAUUAGGGUGUCAUCUUCAGAGAAAUUUUAAUAGUUAAUUUAUACCAAAAUACACAGUGUUUAUAAAAUCUUUAUAAAGAAUCAAACAAAACCCACAAAUAUACAUAAUAAUACAUAAAGAGUCAUUAAGGUGACAUGACAUAGUCAUAGGAAUUCUUAUAAGCAAUGAUAAAGCAAAAUACAAUAUGUCUUGUUCCUGUUAUAGACAGUUGGUUUUCAUGUCAAGUUUAUAACCUCUUAAUGUCAUAUUGUCAGUUAUGUCAGUUAUGUAUACCCUUUAUGUGGCUCUGACACAGCAGAAGUGCACUGAGUAAUAACAUCAGAUGACGUAACAAACGUCUAUGUAGCUUGACUCAGGUUUAACAUCAGCUUGACAUUAGAACAUGAAAAUAUGGUCUUUUUGGUUAAUGCAUAAGCACUUAUAAAAGUUUAUGCAGGUUUGUGGUAGUUGUCAUGAAGACUUUACUUGUUAGUUAUUACCAUUAAAAUGAAAAAAGUGGUGUUUAUUUCAGCUGAGACUUAAUUUGAAGGAAGCAUUUAUAGAUGUUUAUGUACUGUAGGUUUGUAUCAGUUGUGAUAAAUGGCUUAUGUUGUUCUUAUGUCACCCUAACAUAAAAUUAAAGCAACUGGUGGUUAUGUCAGAUGACAGUUGUUGCAUUCAUGAAUGUUUAUGUAGGUUUCCUUUUGUGUUAUCAUAAAAGGUUUAUGUAGUUCUUAUGUCACCUUUACAUUUAAAUGACAUAGAGUACUAUUGUCUAUGUUUAUGUCAGCUAACACUUAUUGGAGGAAUUAUUAUUAACUGUUUAUGGAUGUUUAUAUCAGUUGUUAUGAAAGAUUUAUGUAGAUCUUAUAUCAUUUCUACCUAAAGUUAAAGCAACUGGUGUUUGCCAGAGGACCUGUAUUGGACUAAGCAUUCCUGAAUGUUUAUAUAGGGUUUAUCAUAUAGGGUUUACGUAGUUCUUGUGCCACCUUUACAUUUUAAUUACAUGAAAUAAUAUUUGUCAGCUUACAUUUAUCAGAAAAUCAUUUAUAUCAUUUAUAUAUGUUGUAUGUAGUUUUAUGUUAGUUAUCAUUAAGAGUUUAUGUAGUUGUUAUGUCAUCUUAACCUUAAAAUAACAGAACGUAGUGUUUUCACCUGCUGAUGCUUAUUAGGGUAUUUAUAAAUGUUUAUGUAGGAUCGUGUCAGUUGUUAUUAAGAGAUUAUGCAGUUUUUAUGUCACCUUAAUGUUAAAAUAGAAGAAAGUUUAGGUUUAGAUUUAAAUUUUGAUUCAGAUGGUGCUUUUUGAAGUAGCGUUUAUAAAUGUUCAUGUAGUUUUAUGUCAGUUGUUAUUAAGGGUUUAUGUAACUCAUUGCAAAAUGUGAAAAAGACAAAAAAUAUUUAUCUGCUGACAGUUAUGAAUUUACACCUGUGUGAUAGUUUGUUGUUUAAUAGGCUUGUGUCAGUUGUGGUAUUGGGUUAUAUCAUGUGGCACUAUGAACACUACCUAUAAUUGUUACCAACAUUAAUGCAAUCACGUACUUAGUCGUGAAAGUCUUUAGCAUUCGAUUUGAAAAAAAAAAAAUCCCCAUAACAUUUAGAAAUAAAUCAAAUAAAUGUUUGAUAGCCAGAACUACAUGAAUAAAAUGAAAAGCCUAUCGAACGUUGUGUUGAUCGGCGUUUCUUGUAGCCUGACAAUCAGAUUUAAGGCUUAAAAGAACUAAUCUGGAAAGAAAUGACAUUUUAGUUACAGCAUUACGUCAUUUGUAGAGUUUUGUAUCCACAGUUGGCUUCUAUGCUGUUGCACUGGAGCUCCGAAGCUAAUGUUGCUAACGAGUAAAGGAAACUUAUAGCAUAUCCACCAGAUUAGCGUCGACUACAUUCGCAUGAGUAUUUUAACUCAUUUAAAACUCAUUUCUUUUCGCUUUAAUACACCAAGCACUGGAAAGAGUUGACAUUUAAUUAGAAAUGACCAUUUUAGAAGAGCUAAGCAACCUUGAGUGUUAUGAAGGUGCUUUAUAAAUGAAUGAAAAUGUUAUUAUUUUUAUUUUACGGUUUAAAGUGACAUAUAUGUUAGCAUAUGUAUAUUAUAUUAUAUAUAGGUUUUUUUGCAUUAACUGAAUGCCGUAAUGUUAAUGAUACAAGGAAGCAUAUGGGAAGGUAGAGUACAGUCAGUUUGGUGCUAACAUCAAAAAUAACACUUCUAAAAUACCUAAGCUGCAAAAGAGGAGAUUAACACUAGCAUCAGCAUUAGCAUUAUGGUGCCGGCGGCUGCUCUGAUGUGGAAUAUCAAUGACGUCUUAUUAUUAUUGGGAUUAUACUUACAGACAUGUUUCUUAUCCUGACUGAAAUAUUAAAGGUGCGGUAUGUCAUUUUAGGAUGUCACUCUUCUUUCCCUCGAAUCAAGAUGAGCUUGAUUCUAUUCUAAUAAGAGGCUGUUAAACUGUACCGUAACAAAGAAACGAGUUUGAACUGGUCUUGAAACAUUAGUUGAAAAUUACAGGCCGCACCUUUAAAAGGUCAGGUUUUAUUUUUAUCAUGGCACUGAACUGCAAUAACAUAAGUAUCCUCGAGAGACAGCGAAAAAAAAGUGAGGUGUGUAUGGAUAAAGUUCUAAUCAGACACAGUUUAGAUGGUGUGUCUUUCACUCUGGAGAGAAACCUGUCCAUAAAUCACAACAAGCUUAAUAAAGAUGAACAGAGUGACACGUAUCCUUUCACGAGCGCUUUAAAUCUGAGACACAAUACGAGCUGUAAUGGGCUGCUUUCUCCUCAACGCCUUUAAAUGCAGCGUUGCGGUAUUUUAAUUUGUUUCGAGGUUUUUUUUGGUGCUUUGUAAUGGUGCUAUAUUUUAUUUCUGCAUUUUUAUUUCAUUAUCUCAAGAUUAGUUCUUUGUAUCAGAAACUGGCUCGAGGUAAGAAGUCACACAAUCCAUCUGAUUCUUUGUGGAAGAAAACGUACGAGAUCGAGUCACGAUAAAUCCAAAACACAUGGUUGUUAUUGUUCUUAUUGUUGAUGUGAUUUUUUUUUUUUUUUUUUGUUCUUGUUUUUUUUUUUUUUAACUUUAACACUUGAAGCGUGUUGAAUUGACUCUCACAAGUAGACGCAGUCAGACCUGGUUCUGUUUAACAAAUGUUUUGCUCGUGGUGUUUAAAAUGCUAUUGAAAUAACUUUGUGUACUGUAACGUGUGUCGGAUGGAUCUGUAUAUGUCCCUGAAUUUUAUUUAGACCAACUACAAUGGAAAAUAAUACGAUGAAUAAAGAAAAUCGUGUAUUGCGAACAGAGGAAA